GACGGCUAUCAGAUAGAAAAUUUGAUCUUCAAUCACGUUGGGGACACUCAAAGGACUGCAAAGCAUGCUACCAAGGCCACGCAUUUCAGAGGCCACGUCCAUAAGUGUCUGCGCUGUGAAGCUGGAUGUAUUCCCAGAGUUGAGUAAACUCUAGAGACUAGCCCUUGCCUGCAGAAGGAGGUUUUCAGAUUCAGGCAUCAGAGCAAGCCACACCCAGAACUCGUUCCUCCCCGCUGGGAGAGGCACCAUCUCCGCGGGUGCAGGAGCUUGUUUGGCUUCCCGGCCUGGUCUGGGAGAGUCUGCGAGCCUCCCAAGCGGAUCCCUGAAUCUGCCCUGGAGACCUCCUCGCUGCUAGGGAAACGUUAUAGGAUCCUUGAGUUUCCUUCACUUGGGCUGCACAUUUGAGAAAACGUUACCUGCAUACCCCGGAUCUCAGCGCAUUUUGGACAUGACCGAGUUUCUGCAAUGGGCCAGGUAUCACUGGCAGCGACUAACGGGCGGCACAAACAGGGAUGAUGAUGAGAGGCCAUACAACUAUUCCUCUCUGCUGGCCUGUGGGGGCAAGUCCUCUCAGACUCCCAAAGUGGCGGGGAGGCACCGGGUUGUCGUUCCCCACCUUCGGCCCUUCAAGGAUGAGUAUGAAAAGUUCUCUGGCACCUACGUGAAUAACCGAAUACGAACAACAAAAUACACACUUCUAAAUUUUGUGCCAAGAAAUCUAUUUGAACAAUUUCACAGGGCCGCCAAUUUAUAUUUCCUGUUUCUAGCUGUCUUGAACUGGGUGCCUUUGGUGGAAGCCUUCCAAAAGGAAAUUACAAUGCUGCCUCUGGUGGUGGUCCUUACGAUUAUUGCAAUUAAAGAUGGUUUGGAAGAUUACCGAAAAUACAAAAUUGACAAACAAAUCAACAAUUUAGUAACUAAAGUUUACAGUAGGAAAGAGAAAAAAUAUGUGGACCAAUGCUGGAAAGAUGUUGCUGUCGGGGACUUUAUUCGCCUUUCAUGUAAUGAGGUUAUUCCUGCCGACAUGGUCUUACUCUUUUCCACUGAUCCAGAUAAAAUCUGUCACAUUGAGACUUCUGGCCUUGACGGAGAGAGCAAUUUAAAACAGAGGCAGGUGGUUCGGGGAUAUGCAGAGCAGGACUCUGAAGUUGAUCCAGAGAAAUUCUCCAGUAAGAUAGAAUGUGAAAGUCCAAACAAUGACCUCAACAGAUUCCGAGGCUAUCUAGAACAUUCCAACAAAGAACGUGUGGGUCUCAGUAAAGAAAAUUUAUUACUUAGAGGAUGCACCAUUAGAAACACAGAGGCCGUUGUGGGCAUUGUGGUUUAUGCAGGCCACGAAACCAAAGCAAUGCUGAACAACAGUGGUCCAAGGUAUAAGCGCAGCAAAUUAGAAAGAAGAGCAAAUACAGAUGUCCUCUGGUGUGUCCUACUUUUGUUUGUGAUGUGUUUAACUGGUGCAUUGGGUCAUGGAAUCUGGUUAAGUAAAUAUGAAAACAUAAUAUUUUUUAAUAUCCCUGAGCCUGAUGGACAUGUCAUAUCACCGGUGUUGGCAGGAUUCUAUAUGUUUUGGACCAUGAUCAUUUUGUUACAGGUCUUGAUUCCCAUUUCUCUCUAUGUUUCCAUUGAAAUUGUGAAGCUCGGACAGAUAUAUUUUAUUCAAAGUGAUGUGGAUUUCUACAAUGAGAAAAUGGAUUGCACCGUUCAGUGCCGAGCCCUGAACAUCACCGAGGAUCUUGGCCAGAUUCAGUACCUCUUUUCUGAUAAGACAGGAACUCUCACUGAGAAUAAGAUGGUUUUCCGAAGAUGUAGUGUGGCGGGCUUUGAUUACUGCCAUGAAGAAAAUGCCAGGAGGUUAGAGUCCUACCAGGAAGCUGUCUCUGAGGAUGAAGAUUCCGCAGACACGCCGAGCGGCCCCGUCAGCACUACGGCCAAACCGAGGGCCCCCAGCUGCAGGACGGUUCCUAACGGGCCCUUGGGGAGUAAACCCUGGAGUCCUCUUGGCGGGAGCGGGGGAGCUCCGGGCAGCGGAGAAGGAGCCAGUGAAGUGCCCCACUCCAGACAGGCUGCUUUCAGCAGCCCCAUGGAAACAGAUGUGGUACCAGACACCAGGCUUUUGGACAAGUUUAGUCAGAUUACACCUCAGCUUUUUACCCCCCUGGAGAAGCCUGUCCCAAGUCCACCACUGGAGAUUUUGUACAUUGUGGACUUCUUUAUUGCAUUGGCAAUUUGCAACACAGUAGUGGUUUCUGCUCCUAACCAACCACGACAAAAGAUUGGACUCUCCUCACUGAGUGGGAUGCCUAUCAAGUCGUUGGAAGAGAUUAAAAACCUCUUCCAGAGGCUGUCUGUCCGAAGGUCAAGUUCGCCAUCGCUUGCCAGUGGGAAAGAGCCCACUUCUGGGGUCUCAAAUGCCUUCGUGAGCAGACUCUCCCUCUUCAGUCGAAUGAAACUGGCUUCCCCAGUGGAGGAAGAGGCCUCCCCCACGAGCGAGAGCCCCCAGGGCUCCUCGGGGACCUCUCCUUGCCCCACAGAAGUUGCGAGACCGAAUGGUGAUCCCGGCCUGACGGGGGGCCAGGUGGGGCCCCGCCCUGGACAGCCCUCUGCCGUCCCCCUGUGCUACGAGGCAGAGAGCCCCGAUGAAGCCGCCCUGGUCUACGCCGCCAAGGCCUACCGGUGCACCUUGCAGUCCCGGUCGCCAGAGCAGCUUGUGGUGGACUUUGCUGCUCUGGGACCAUUAACAUUUCAACUCCUACACAUCCUGCCUUUCGACUCAGUAAGGAAAAGAAUGUCUGUUGUAGUUCGGCACCCCCUUUCCAACCAAGUUGUGGUGUACACCAAGGGUGCUGACUCGGUCAUCAUGGAGCUGCUCUCCGUGGCUUCCCCAGAUGGAGCAAGUCGGGAGAAACAACAGAUGAUAAUAAGGGAGAAAACCCAGAAACACUUGGAUGACUAUGCCAGGCGGGGCCUACGCACUUUAUGUAUAGCAAAGAAGGUCAUGAGUGAUACUGAAUAUGAAGAGUGGCUGAGGAACCAUUUUUUAGCUGAAACCAGCAUUGACCACAGGGAAGAACUACUACUUGAAUCUGCCAUGAGGUUGGAGAACAAGCUGACUUUACUUGGUGCUACUGGCAUUGAAGACCGUCUGCAGGAGGGAGUCCCUGAGUCCAUAGAAGCCCUUCAAAGAGCCGGCAUCAAGAUCUGGAUGCUGACGGGAGACAAGCAGGAGACGGCUGUCAACAUAGCUUACGCGUGCAAACUGCUGGAGCCAGAUGACAAGCUCUUUAUCCUCAAUACCCAAAGUAAAGAUGCCUGUGAGAUGCUGAUGAGCACAAUUUUGAAAGAACUUCGGGAGAAGAAUCCAGCCUCUAACGUGCGAACAUCCAUAAGCGAGGGUUUACCCCAGCCUCCAGCCACACAGGGCUCCGGGCUGCGGGCUGGGCUCAUCAUCACCGGGAAGACCCUGGAGUUUGCCCUGCAGGAGAGUCUGCAGGGGCCAUUCCUGGAGCUGACUGCCUGCUGUCAAGCUGUGAUCUGCUGCCGAGCCACCCCCCUGCAGAAAAGCGAAGUGGUGAAAUUGGUACGCAGCCACCUCCGGGUGAUGACACUGGCCAUCGGUGACGGCGCCAAUGACGUUAGCAUGAUACAAGUGGCGGACGUGGGGAUUGGGAUCUCGGGUCAGGAAGGCAUGCAGGCGGUGAUGGCCAGCGACUUUGCCAUUUCUCAGUUUAAGCAUCUCGGCAAGCUCCUCCUCGUGCACGGGCACUGGUGUUACGCACGACUCGCCAACAUGAUUCUCUAUUUUUUCUACAAGAACGUGGCCUAUGUGAACCUCCUUUUCUGGUACCAGUUCUUUUGUGGAUUUUCAGGAACAUCCAUGACCGACUACUGGGUUUUGAUCUUGUUCAACCUCCUUUUCACUUCCGCGCCUCCUGUCAUUUAUGGUGUUUUGGAGAAAGAUGUGUCUGCAGAGACCCUCAUGCAACUGCCUGAACUCUACAAGAGGGGUCAGAAGUCAGAGGCAUACUUACCCCUUACCUUCUGGAUCACCUUGUUGGAUGCCUUUUAUCAAAGCCUGGUCUGCUUCUUUGUGCCUUACUACACCUACCAGGGCUCAGACAUUGACAUCUUUACAUUCGGAAACCCCCUGAACACGGCUGCUCUGUUCAUCAUUAUCCUCCACCUGGUGAUUGAAAGCAAGAGUUUGACCUGGAUCCACAUGCUGGUGAUUGUUGGUAGCAUCUUGUCUUAUCUUGUCUUUGCCUUGGUUUUUGGAGCCAUGUGUGUAACUUGCAACCCACCAUCCAACCCCUACUGGAUCAUGCAGGAGCACAUGCUGGAUCCGGUCUUCUACUUGGUUUGUGUCCUCACAACCUGCGUCGCCCUUCUGCCCAGGUUCAUAUACCGAGUUCUCCAGGGAUCCCUAUUCCCAUCUCCAGUUCUGAGGGCUCAGCAUCUGGACAGACUGACGCCAGAGGAGAGAACUGAAGCUCUCAAGAAGUGGAGCAGGGCCGGAACGACGGGCCAGGUGACCGCUCAGUACGCUGACCACCCGGCUGCCAAGUCAGAGAAGAGAGCCACACCUGGCCCUUCUGCUGCCUUUGCCAGGAUGCCUGCACCUUCCAGAGCUGUCGAGCAGGGAAGCGUAUCUGUACAUGAAACUGUUUUGGACUCAGACUUCUGUGAAAAGAAAAUCUCAGGGAUGCCUGGGCCCUCGAAGGGUUAAAACAAAACAAAACCAAAACAGGGUAUCUAUCCUCCUUGCAGUUGCACAUCUCAUUUCAGAUUUGGAAGAGACACCUCUGUCAAGCAAGAACGAGGUGGAUUUUUCCUGAAAGGACGUGGACGUUCUACUGUGCCUGGAAAAGCCAGUGUGAUGAUGUCACUUUCUGGAUGUUUGUACGUACAUUUGUAAGACAGGUUGGAUUUUGAACCUGAACUGAGUCUGGGGAGGUGGACUAUUUAAUUCCGAAUCCAACGCUUUUAUGAAACUUUCUGGAUUUUGUGAAAGCAUUUUAAACUGUCUUAUUUUAAAUUCUUGGGCGAUUCUUUUGAGAUCUGUUUAUUUUAUUGGGAGCUCUCAGAUUCCAGGGAAAUGUUUUCAACGAGCAGACUCCAAUCUGAAUUUUCUUUAAUGAAGAAAAAGUCGUUUUUAGCUCCGUUAGAACUCAGAAGAGAUUUCCACGUGAAAAAAAUGUUACAAAUCGUUAAUUUCUAGAGAAAAAAAUUCCCAAGAGCCUUUUAAGUGACAAUGUACCUAAAGUAGGGUAAUAACUGUACUAUUUAAAAUGUAAUCAGUGAUUAUUAAUGGAUUUUUAUUUCCUCCGGGAAGAUGCCUUUGGUCAUCUGACCGCAGGCGUAAGGCAUACACCUCUCUGCUCGGUUCGGUGUUUCUCUUGAGGCGGAGUCUUCCUGGGGAAGGGCAGAGGGAUGCCAGGGUUCUGGAGGAAUGUGUUCCUCUCUCCGCUUUCAGGCAAGAGAAGACCUUUUGUGAGGUCUUCAGGCAGACUGAAUCAGCUGGUCUGGAGCCCCUUUGGCCAGUUGCCCUGUUCUGAAGCUGACGACAGCCGGGUCAAAAUGAGACAAUCAAUUUGAAGACAAUCUUCAAGAGACUGUUUGAGGGUUCAUCGUCUUUACAGUACCCUACAACUUCUCUGGUGCUGUGACCUUUAAAGAUCAGCUGUUAUGAAUUGAGACUAAUACAGGUGGUUCUCAGGAUUCCAUGAGGUUCUUAGAAAAAUGUGUUUUUUUAGUACAUUUUAGGACGGGAAUGUCUACAGCAAGCGAACUGCUGUUGCAGAUCAUGUAUGCCCGUUUUCAUUGGAACAGAGACUAGGUUCAGCUAAGCUCAGAUGUUAGGAGGUCAUCAAUUCUUGUCGAGUUCUUUUAAAGCUCAACAUGUAUUCAUCUGAAAAUUGUCGGCCACGAGCCACCCAGAAUCUCCUUCCCGAAAUCUCCUUCUAUGUCUGUAUCAAGGUCUUAUGACUAUUAAUCUGAUAUUCUCAGGGCUUCAUCAUCUCCUGCUGCCUAUUUGUCCUGGUCUGACUUUUUUUGGGUAAUUGAUAUUACUGCAAAUAGUCUUAUAUCAUACAGAUGGAUUGCUAGAACUUUCAAAAUCGCACCUGGCUAUUGGAGGUUGCUUUCUGCUUUCUUAAUGAUUUUUUAAAAAAUAAACUGUUUAAUAAGAAA